UAAUUAAGAAUUAUGCAAAGCCACAACGAGAACUGCUGCGGUAAUCCGCUGUCUUCGUUUCAAUUGGUCGCAGUGUUUGAAUUAGUCAAGCAACUGCACUCAAGUAAACCAGUUGUGCUGCGUACACCCACGAAUCAUCAGUAUGAAAAGCGACGAGAUCAUUGAGAAAAUACGCAACAAGCUGAAGGAGUCCGAUCCCAACAAACGAACUGUGGUCAACACAUUCCAGUUCAAUUUCACGGACUCCGACGGCAAACUCAUCAAGAGCAUGGUAUUUGAUUUCAAAGCUCUGGACAUUUACGAGGGCACCGCAGCUGAUGUCGACGGCAGGGUUACAAUAGCAGAUGAGGACUUUUAUUUGGUAGGCACUAAGCAAAAGAGUUUUGAACAAAUGUUGGAACAGCACAAGGCUAAAGUCGAUGGCGAUGCGGAUGCUAUUCACAAAAUGUUGGACAAGUUUCGUUUAAAUUCGCAACAGUAAAAAAA